CGGAAAGCUUAUGCGUCAGGUCAACGCAAGUUCAUCAAAUUUUGCCGCCAAGCUGGAAAGUUCCACUCCCAUGGCUCACCUUGCCCUGCAGACGAGUGGACUUUAUGUUUGUUCAUUUCAUUUCUUGCAGAGUCGAUUCACCAUUCUUCAAUUAAAGUUUAUUUAUCUGCAGUUCGCUCCUUGCACAUUGAGAAAGGUUUUCAUGACCCUCUGCUUAAUUGCUUGCGGCUUCAACAGGUGUUGAGAGGGGUCAAGCGUUCUCAGGGUUCCCCGGCUGCUCAGCGCUUUCCGAUUACUGACAGCCUUCUCUUGGUCAUUCAUUGGGCGUUGGACCUCAAGUUUUUCGAUCAUUGUGCCUUUUGGGCAGCCUGCAUGCUGGGUUAUUUUGGUUUUCUCCGUGCUGCUGAAUUUACAGUCCCCAAUUUAGCCAGCUUUUCUCCAGCUAUUCAUCUUUCAGUGGCUGACAUCGCAGUGGAUUCACGGCAGUCGCCAACAUGCCUCCGUGUUAGGAUAAAAGCGUCGAAAACGGAUCCGUUCCGUCAAGGCUGCCACAUCCAUAUUGGUUUGGGAAGGGCACCCCUCUGCGCUGUUCACACUUUG